AUGUCAGAACAUAUUUUUGCAAUACCAUCCUCUCUGACGAGAAAAAUGUCACGCCUGUCCGUGAGACGCUCGCCACCACAUGUGACUACUUCCUCCAGCCAUGAUCAAGCCCCCAAAAAUGUAGAAAUUGGGAAAAAUAUUGGUCGAUAUGGACCAGCUUAUUCGUGGAAUUUAUUUGAGGCUACUACACUUGACACAAAACGAAAAUGUACAGCAUUUAUGUGUGAUAAAAAGCUAUUGGAUAGAAUCAAUAAAAAUCGUCGACGUGAAUUAAUUUUAGAGACUCUACGCAGUGAUUUGACAAAUUUAAACAAACUGAAACAUCCACGUUUCUUACAGCUGAUACAAGAUAUUGAAGAGAAUAAUGAAUAUCUCAUUUUCGUCACUGAACCUGUUAUAGGAAGUUUAGCAGAUUUGUAUAUACAUAAUCAGGAUUUCUCCUUUUGUGAACUUGAAAUUAUAUUUGGGGUGUAUCAGAUUACAGAUGCCCUUAGAUAUCUUCACAGUACUCAAGAACUCAUGCACUGUAACAUAAAUCCGUCAUCAAUAUUAUUGAUUAACAGAAGUAUCUGGAAACUUGGAGGGUUGAAUUAUUUGGAAAAGAUCGUUGACACUACAAAAGUUACUCCGAAAUUCACUGGAUAUUCAGUGAAAAUUCCACGUGCUGCUCAACCAGAUUUAGACUUUAUUGCUCCAGAGGCUCAGUUGUAUAAUUCUAUGUCACCACUUGCUGACAUGUUUUCUUUGGGAAUGGUGGUGUGUGCACUGCACAAUAAAGGACAUUCUCUUAUUGAUUCAGAGCAAAAUCCAAGUGUUUAUGUCAAACGAAUACCUGAGAUAUCAAAUGCCUUUGAAAGAAUAUCUGAACGAUUACCCAAAGCUCUAUUGGAACCAGUGCGCAAAAUGAUUAGUCAGGAUGUUCGCGAAAGACCGACAUCACAGCUCUUCGCCUUGUUGAAAGUAUUUAAUGAGCCUACAGUUCUGUCCUAUGAAGGUCUUCUUACUUUAGGAGAUAAAUCGGUCAAUCAAAAAAAAGAAUUUUUCGGACGACUUCCCAAAGUUAUACCGUUAUUUGAACCAGUUGUCAGAUACAAAUAUAUUCUACCUCUAAUCUUACGUUGGUUGUAUGAGUCGAAUGAAUUAGUCCCCUACAUUCUACCAUCUUUCUUGACAAUGGUCAAAGUGGCUGAGUCAGAUGACUAUGACAAGUGUUUGAAAUCUCAUCUGCAUAAAAUUUUGACAGAACCGAAAUCACUUCAGACAACUAUGGUGAUUAUGGAUCUUUCGGACUUUUUUAUCAAUCACAUUAGCCAAGAGGAUAUUGGAAAUCUUCUUGUCCCAGAACUAUUUGUUUGUCUUGAACCCGGUACUCCAAAGUCAUUGGAAACUGUACAGAAUGCAAUUUCAGUUUUAUCAAAAUAUCUGAGUAGUACUCAGAUUGUUCAGUCCAUUUUGCCACACCUUAAAGAAAUUUAUCAUCGCAAAACGUCAAAUCCUAAGAUUCGUAUAGCUUGUUUGGAAUGUAUAGGAAGACUUUUGACAAAUAUGACCCUAUCCACAGUGUGUGAAGAUGUACUCCCUUUUGUCAGCUCUAUUCGAACAGUCGAUCGAGAAUUAGUUCUUGCUGUUUUAGCUUUAAAUCGUCGACUUAUAUCAGACAGGAAAGGAGAAAUUUCUUAUACCUACAUAGCUGGAAUGUUAUUACCAUCUAUGGUUAACUUCCUAGCUCUACAGACACUAACUAUUUCUGAUUUUAGGGCAGUCAUUAAUUUAACACGGACUAUGUUGGAUUUAAUUGACCGCCAGCGUUCAAUUGAAUUAAGGUCUCAAACUGGUUCAAAAUCAGCCGGUGGAAGCUGUUCUGAUAUGAGUUCACCGUUUGCCCCUCCUCGAAAUCUUCCAUUAAUUGCUAUGCAGCGUCCAACAAUAGAUUCGGAAUUACUAUGUGCAGAUAUGGAUGAUCCAAAACUUUCAAGAUCAAGUUUAGAUUAUCGACGUAGUUCUGGCAGUGAAGUAAGCGGCACUAGUCGCUGGAGUAGGAAUAGUUUGCUGCUCCAACGAUUGCAAGCAUCACAGCAUCGAUCAGAGAGCCUCCUUUUCAACACAAAGCACAGAAACUCCACUGGAGAUCACCGAUUCUGGAAUGAAACCUCAAGCAAUCCGAGCUUUAAUUAUCAUGCACAUUCUGGCGGCAAUUCUCGUAUAGGUGCCAGUCCUUUCUACAUACAAAGUCCAGUUUCUGGAGAUUUACACAAGAUACGAAGAUAUUCUGGAAAUUUGCCAACUCGGUCAAUGGAAAACCAGGACAACUUAGGUUCACUAAAUGUCCCAAGGUACAAUAGUGGAUUUUUGGAUCCCAGAAGACAUAGUUACGGUUUCACACCAAGUACAUCAACAAAAUCCUUGAUUACUGUUAAUGUAUGCGAAGGACCUUUUGUUACUCCUUUCAGUUAUCGUAGUUCAAUACGUCGAAAUUCUGGUUGGAGUUGUGGACAGUUUCCAAGUUCUCAAGUGGUGAAUACUACAGCUGAAGAUAUUCAAAGACGUUCCAGUUUGAAUGUUAUAAGUGAUCUGCUGGUGUCAACAUUCAAGAAAGUUUUGUGAAAGACAAUAUCAAUACUGCUAGAAAAGAACUAAGUAUAAAUUAAAUUGUGGAUAUCGCCGUUAUUAUUCUUACUAUUAGUAUUACUAUUAUUACUGUCAGAGUGGUGACUGUCUGUUAUUUUGAUGUUUCUACAAUUUUUUUUCCUCUUGUAUAAUAAUACUUAUUAUUAUAUGAAAUAAAAG